AUGGAGGAUUUCAGGAACGUUCUUAACCUCAGCCUUAAUUUGGAAGCUGCAUCCGUACGGAAAACCAGUAGUGCAGAAAACCAACCUGCUUCGAAGAAAACCAUCGAUAAAACUGUGAAGCUGGAGGAGUGCCACAGUGAGCAGCGACAGAGGAAGCUGUUACAGAGGAAGCAGGUACAGGUGUGUAAGGAGAAGGAGCAGCUCCAGGGGGAGCACAGUCGGGCGGUUCUGGCCCGCAGUAAGCUGGAGAGUCUGUGUCGUCAGCUCCAGAGACACAACAAGAGCCUCAAGGAGGAGAGUUUGCAGAGAGCCAGGGAGGAGGAUGAGAAGCGCAGGGCGGUGGCUAAACACUUCCAGGAGAUGCUGACCGACAUCCAGGGUCAGAUCGAGCAGCACAGCGAGCGCAACACCAAGCUGUGUGAGGAGAACACAGACCUGGCCAGCAAGCUCCAGGCCAUCAUUGGGCAAUACGAGGAGAGGGAGCAGCACUUUGACAAGAUGGUGAAACACAGGGAGCUGCAGCAGCAGCUUGUGGACACGAAGCUGAAACACGCCGAGGAGAUCAUGAGAGCGACAGAGGAGAGGCACAAGCAGGAGAAGGAAUACCUUCUCAAUCAGGCAGCGGAAUGGAAGCUUCAGACAAAUGUAAUGAAGGAGCAGGAAACCCUCCUGAAGGCCCAGCUCGCUCUAUACUCAGAGAAGUUUGAAGAGUUCCAGGGGACGCUGGCCAAGAGUAACGAGAUGUUCACCUCAUUCAAAGUGGAAAUGGAGAAGAUGACAAAGAAAAUGAAGAAGUUUGAGAAGGAGACACAGAUGUGGAAAGCCAAAUGGGAGAAUUGCAACAAGGCUCUGCUGGAUAUGAUCGAGGAGAGGACAAUGCGAGGGAAGGAGUAUGAGUGCUUCCAGCUGAAGAUCAUGCGUCUGGAGAACCUCUGCCGGGUACUGCAGGAGGAGAGGACACAGCUCUACAAAAAGAUUGCGGAGGCACGCUGCCCAAAGGAAGAGGAGGAGGAGGAAGAGGAGGAGGAGGGAGAGAGUGCGGAGGGCUCCAUGAUGGAUGUGGCCACUGCUGUCAAAGUGGUUCAGGGCCCCAAGGGACUGCUCGCCGAGAUGGGCACCGCUCCUCUGGGUAUGAUUCCCGCCUCCGAGGCACUUUCUGCCAACGCGGGUACAGCAUCUCCAUCACAAGCUGCCCAGCCAGGCCCCAGACCUGCCUCACUAACUCCAGCUUCACCCCCAGCAACCAGGGCAGGUCCGGCUCCAACUCCAGCCACACCUCUGAUCCCAGACACAACUCCUGUCCCUGCUCCACUCACAUCCCCAGCCCAGGCCUCAGCUCUACACCCAGCCCAGGCCUCAACUCCACCCACAGCCCAGGCUUCAACCCCAGCCCAGGCCUCAACUCCACCCACAGCCCAGGCUUCAACCCCAGCCCAGGCCUCAACUCCACCCACAGCCCAGGCCUCAACUCCACCCACAGCCCAGGCCUCAACUCCACCUACAGUCCAGGCCUCAACCCCAGCCCAGGCCUCAACUUCACCCACAGCCCAGGCCUCAACUCCACCAGCUCAACUCCACCACACCCAGGCCUCAACUCCACCCACAGCCCAGGCUUCAACCCCAUCCCAGGCCUCAACUCCAUCCCCAGCCCAGACCUCAACUCCAGCCCAGACCUCAACUCCAGCCCAGGCCUCAGUUCCACCCACUGCCCAGGCCUCAACCCCAGCCCAGGCCUCAACCCCAGCUCAGGCCUCAGCUCUACCCCCAGCCCAGGCCUCAACUCCUGCAAAGGCUCCAAAUACAGCCCAGGCCAAUGCUUCAGCUCCAGCUACACCUCUGAUCCCAGAUUCAACUCCUGUCCCAGCUCCACUCACUUCCCCAGAUCCAGAGAAGCCUUCAGCCCAAGCUGGAGUUCUAGCCAAGGCCCAGGCCGCAACUCCAGCCCAGGCCUUAGCUCCAUCGCAGCCCAAGGCUUCAACUCCAACCUCAGUUUCAGCCCCAGCUGCAGUGGACCCAGGGUCAGGCCUUGCCCAGGGCGAUGCUGCUGAGGUAACAGGAGACACAGACAUGGAUGCCGUUGACUGAAUGGAAAGCGACCAGGCCUGCGGACACUCCGCAGGCGAGUGGGCUGGCAAUUUCCAGGAUCUGUCAUAGUGCAAUGGUGAAAAUAGGUGUCAUAGAAUCCUAGAAUCCUAGAAUUAUACAGCACAGAAGGAGGCCAUUCAG